AUGCCUCCUCAGCAAUAUAUACCCCAGCCUGGAGCCCCCGUGGCUGAGGCUCCAACCAAAAUACACACCUCGGCCAACCCUGGCGCAGCCGUGUCGUUCACUCCAACCGAUGUCAACAUCCCCACCAAACUAUACAAUAAAAUCCCAAACUUGGACUUGUACAAGAAACUCCAGGAAUCAGAAAAGCAGUUGGACCUCCUCAUUGCCCAGAAGGGUUUGGACUUCCAGUCGGUGCAAGCCGCAUCCAUGCAGCCCCAUAAUGUCAAGAGAGAAACGGGAAUAUUGCGUGUGUUCAUCUACAACACUUGUGAAAACAUGCCAUGGCAGAGACAGCAGACUGGUGGUAUUUCCGAUGCCGCCAAUGCCGAUGCCAAGUGGACGUUACGUGUGGAAGGACGCUUUAUUGCGUCUGAUAAGACGGGAAAAGAAGUUGAGGCCCAAAAGUUCAGUUCAUUUCUCUCGGGAAUCUCUGUGGAAAUUAUUCCCAAUGGAGACUACCCCAACUUGCAAGGCAGUCAGUCCAACAUCAUUGAGUGGAGAGAUGAAUCUGUAAACGCAGGCAACCCUAACUCAAAUUUUUCCAACGGCUCUUCGCAGUGGCUGUUUGACGGCAUAGAUAUCAAGAGGGCUGGUGUGUACCCUAUCAAGACGAAGAUCGCCAUAUUGGUUAAGGACUACUCGUCUAGACUCAUGCUCUCGACUCCUAUGGCUCAGUUCACCGGAAAACGCGAAGCAUCCCAACAGGAAUUAGUGUACCUGAUCUGGCAAUAUGUUUUGUUCAAGAAUUUGUUUAAGAAAGCUGAUACUUUUGCUACUGUCCCUGCUGUUUCCGCUUCCAACAUCUCUUCCCAAUCCAUGGACGGCCAGGGAGAAGAUGAAAACGAUCUUUCUGUUGUGCAAUGUGACGAUAUCUUGAAAGCGUUGUUGAAGGUUGACCACUUCAAGUUUAAGGACUUGUACAAGCAUACUCAGCCUCAUUUGCGCCCACGCAACCCUGUGGUUCUUGAAUACGAAGUGGACACAACGAAAUCGACCACCUUGGGUGACGUGGUGCUUGAUAUCCCCGUAGAAUUGCCGGUAUCCAUCACUAAGAUCCAGAAGGAGAUUCUCGAAGAGAAUAAGAGUGCUUUCGAGAGUAUGUCCGAGUCAGACGAGCACAUUCAAUUCUUGAAUCAGAGAAUAUCGCUUGGUAUCGCCACGUUGCAGAAUAUUAAUGCUAGAGAAUUGUUCUACAGGGAAUUGAGCGAGGAUCCAGUCAAGUUCUUGAAGCUGUGGUUAGAAAGCCAGGCAGAGACGUUAAAGGCUUUGAAGAGCGAGGAGGGCUACAACGAGGAGAUGGUCAGAAGAUCAGAAUACUUUAAGGAGCAUGAGGAGGAAUUGAGACAAAAGAUUGAUCUCAUGCUUGGGGCCCAGAAGUUGUAA